AUGGCCAAUCCCGCCAACCCAUUCCGCUCCGCCAACCUCCUCUACGUCGCCCCGGAGUCUCCAGACCACGACACGCUCUUCCAAGCCAUCCAACUCCGCCACGCCGACUUCGCCAACUCCAACGCCCGCCUCCUCCGACCCCAGACCCGCGCCGACGCCGCCGCCUACCAGAAAAGCGUCUCCGACUCCCUCCUCGGCGUCGUAAUCUGCCUCCCUCCAGCGACUCCCGCCCAGACCACCACAGCCAUCGGAUGCAUACACCUCAGCAAACUAGGCCCGAACAUGCCACAGCAUCGCUUCAGCGAGAUCGGGAUAGAUAUCGUGCAUGAAAACCAAGGGAAGGGCUACGGGACGGAGGCGAUACGGUGGUGUUUGGACUGGGCUUUUGAUGCUGCGGGUUUGCAUAGGGUGGUUGUAAGGACUUUUGAGUGGAAUAAAGGGGCGAGGAGGCUGUAUGAGAAGAUUGGGUUUACGUUUGAGGGGAGGGCGAGGGAGGAAUUGUGGUAUAGGGGAAGGUGGUGGGAUGGGUUUAGUUAUGGGAUGUUGGAAGGGGAGUGGAGGAGGAUCAGGGAGGGAGAUCAAAGAUCACAGUGA